GACGAGGACUGGCAGGUGGUGAGGAGCAAUGCGGACGCUUUUAUUGCCUCUCUGGGUGGUGGAGGUGACGGUGGCGGUGCUGUACCGCAGAUUGAGUCUUCUCCUCCUCCAGCCUCCACAUCUACUCCUGCGCCCGCGAGCAAAAAACCUCCAAUCGGUCCUGCUGUCCGCCUUCUCCUCUCUUCCUACGGCAUCUCGUCUGAUCAGAUAACCGGCACCGGGCCCAAUGGAAUUGUUCUCAAGGAAGACGUUAUGGCUUAUGUAAAAAGCAAAGGCUUACAGAAAAUUCCCCAGGAAGCGUCGAAAAUUCCGAGUAAGGGAGCAGUAACUGGAUCGGCCACUGCUCCGAGCCGCGUAUCUGUGGUUUCGACCUCCAGCUAUGUUGACAUCCCCGUCAGCGAAAUGAGCGAAUUCAGUGCGAAACGGUUAAUCGAAUCAAAGACUACAAUUCCUCACGCCUACACCAGGAUCACUUUUAGCGCCGAUCGGCUCUUCGCUCUGCAGAAAGCCAUCAAUAGGGCUCAGCUUGUCGACUUUAAGAUCUCCAUCAACGACCUUAUUCUCAAGGCCUGUGCUUAUGCUUUGCGGGUAGGCCUUUAUCGUUUAUUCCGUCAUCGAUCGCGGUGUUUAAAUUGCCCUGUUCCAUCGGUUGUUUGUGAGUGGUGUUACCUUUCAUAUUUUAGCUGCUCCUUACUGUCUUUGACUUUCACUGCCAGUAUUUUGUGUUGCAAGAGUAUUCUUGCAACUCAUUUCGAUUUCUUACAUGGGAAGGCUAGGACACUAAAGUGA